AUGGAGGGUGCAGAAUAUGUAUGUGCGCAUAUGAAGCUUGGAAAAUUACUUCUCCUCCACAAGUUAAUGGCAAACCUUUUGAUGUACAGACUGAUGGCUAGUUCACUGGUACCUGGUUUGGUUUGGAUACUUGUAUCCUUCUUCUUUCUGCCUUCUGCGGUUGAUAGGAGGAGUUGCGUUGAAGCUGCACGUCGGAGUUUGCUAAAUUCAGAACGUGCAGAUACGAAUUCUAUCGUUAGCGCCCAGUACAGGACUGCGUACCAUUUCCAACCUCUUCGCAAUUGGAUAAAUGAUCCAAACGGGCCAGUGUACUACAACGGCAUCUACCACUUAUUCUACCAAUACAACCCGUAUGCUGCAAUAUGGGGAAACAUAACAUGGGGUCACUCGGUCUCUACUGACCUCGUCCAUUGGACGGGACUCGAACCAGCGCUCUCCCCUACCGACCCGUUCGAUGUUAACGGGUGCUGGAGCGGGUCCGCCACGAUCCCCGGCGGUGACGCGGAGAAGAGGCAGGUCCAAAACUUUGCGUACCCGAAAAACUUAUCCGACCCGCUCCUUCGUGAGUGGAUCAAACCUGGUUAUAACCCGGUUAUGGAACCGGUCGACGGGCUCGAUCCAAACCAGUUUCGCGACCCGACCACUGGCUGGCUCGGACACGAUGGGCUCUGGAGAGUAGCAGUCGGGGCUGAGGUUGGGCUAAAGGGGCAGGCAUUGCUAUAUAGGAGCAAAGAUUUUGUACGCUGGGCUCGGACUGACAACCCGUUGUUCGCCGCGAACGGGUCGGGUACGUGGGAAUGUCCCGACUUUUAUUACUUGAAGGGAGAGGGCGAGAAAUACGUGCUGAAGAUGAGUUUGGGAGAGGCUGAUCAGUCUGAUCACUACAUGCUGGGAGCAUAUGACGAGGAGAGAGAUACGUUCGUGCCCGAUGACACGGAGGACGACGACUACAGAAUGUGGCGGAGGUACGACUACGGGAAGUUUUACGCGUCGAAGACGUUCUUCGACGACAAGAAGCAGCGAAGGAUCUUGUGGGGGUGGCUGAAUGAAUCCGAUAGCGCAGCUGACGAUGUAGCAAAAGGGUGGUCCGGUAUCCAGACUGUCCCGAGGGUUGUUACUUUAGAUACCAACAUGAAACAGCUUGUGCAGUGGCCUGUUCAAGAGCUUGAAUCACUCAGAGGAAAACAAACAGAUUUGCGUGGAGUUGAGCUCAAGACGGGGGAUCUAGUUGAGGUCAAAGGACUAAAAGCCUCCGAGGUAGACGUUGAAGCAGAAUUUGAGUUGCCAAACCUGAAGACGGCGGAGCCUUUCGAUGCCAAUUGGAUUUUAGACCCGGCAAUGCUUUGUCGUGACAAAGGCUCUUCGGUUCAGGGAAAGAUUGGCCCUUUCGGGCUAUUCGUGUUGGCUUCGAGCGAUUUAAAGGAAUAUACAGCUAUUUCUUUCAGAAUUUUCGACUCUGGCGAAGGUUACAAGGUCCUUAUGUGCUCAGAUCAGAGAAGAUCAGAGGCUAUUGGCUGGCUCGUUGAAAACCACUCUGGCUUGGAGAUUCAGCAGCAACGAAAUCCUUAG